AGCAGGAGGAUGAAUAAGGAGAACGCUUGAUCAAAGUGUAACAGAGAUCCUGAGCCGUCAUGAGCAUCAGACAUGUUACUAAAAGAACAUUUACAUGUGGAUGGGACGGAGGAACAGAGCAACACAACUGAAGGUAGCGCGUCUUUAAAAUCGGCACAGGAAAUCCUUUCAGCACGUGACCCUGUUAGCAGAGGAAACACCGUCCCCACUGACCUCAUCAGCACCCAGCCUCUGCCUGCUGCAGCCCCACCAGCAGAGGUCUCACAGGAGGCAGCGGGGUUUAGGAAGCCUCAGUGUGACCCCCCGAAGCCCACCUGCCCACGAUGCGGCCUCACAGUCCCAGACCACAGUCUGCCCACUUCCCCCGCCGGCCUGAGCCGACUGCAGGGCUCCUGCUGCUCGUCGGUGCACGGCAGCAGCAGGAGGAGCAGGGGGAGCGUGCAGGGCUCACACCGGCCCACUGCUCCACCAGCUGACUGUUGUUUACACCUGCUGCUGGCGUGCCUGUCGUGCCAGUGCUCCGUGCUGCUCCUGGGUCUGUUGGAGGCCUGUUCCUCCUGCCUCCACACCCUGUGCUCCUCCUGCUGCAACGCCUGCGCCCGUUGCUGUUCGGCCAUCCAGGAGGUGCCCCUGGAGGAGCUCAACUGCCACGCCCACUGCCACUCGGUGAUGUUCGAGUCUUGCUGCGAGCCAACCGAGUGUCUGGAGUUUUGUCUGGAGUGCUGCGAGAUCUGCCAUCGCAGCUAGGAGGCAGCUGGACCACCAGGCCUGAGGACUAAUGUAGAAGACACUGAAACGUGGGAUUCAUUUCUUGUGACAGCUGCCAAACUCAACAACUACUUAUUCUCACUAAAACAAAAGAGGGAAGAUUUGACUUUAGUGCUUCACGCUUUUCUUCAGUAAAAGGGAUUUUAAGUGUGACCUAGAACAUUUUUCAAUAAGCAAAACAUUUUGGGAAAACUCACAUUUCUUAUGACUAUGAAUCCUGGAAGACUCCCAACAUCUCUAAGGCUCACGAAUGUUUGUUUAAUCUACACACCAACAGAAAUAUGUAGUUACGUGCUGUUGCUCUACGUAACUCCACACAUUUGUACACUUCUGUUUGCGUACAGAUUGAACAUUAAACAGAUACAGAGUGUGAAUUAUUGAGGUUUAGAUGCACUGAUAGGCCCAUUUCCAAACUUUGGACACAUCCAGGCUAGCUGUUUCCCACACUUCCAGUCUUUAUGCUAAGCUAAGCUAAGCUAAACUAAGCUAAGCUAAGCUAAUCACCUGCAUACUUACACUUAUUCCCUUUUUUGCAGAGAGUAAUAUGAUAAGGUUGAUACCACUCUCAUAUUGUCACGAGACAAUUAGCUCACAGGCUGGGAAACACAUCUGCAUAGCAGAACCUCUAGAGCUCAGCAAACUACAAGUACAAGGACCAAAGUGUAAAAACAACAUUCACAGAGGGUUAUUUAGUCCACUAUUACAUGACAUGGAGUCUUGUCGUGCCCACGAGGUCCACCUGUUUCCAGUCUUCAUGCUAAGACGGUGGUGUACAUCUUCGUAUCGAACUCUCUGCAACAUGAAGUGCGUUCUCAGAUCUUUGUAACCUCGCUGAGAACCUAAAGGAACAGAUACAUUAUGUAUCUCCUGGUUAAUUUUGUGUAAAAGAGAUUUGAUUUGAAAUAUUUAAAGAAAUGUGUCAAGGUCAUUUGUUCUGCUUGUUAAAGAUCUUGGCUGAAUAACAUUGAAGCCAGA